GUCAUAUGGAAUACUGCCAAGUCGGUCGUAUCGCGUAACCAGUUUUCAUUCAAUCGUCUUGGAAUACCUAUUUUGAGUUUAUUAUUUACGAUUCAGCCAGUGACUGUGUGGAUUGUGUUAAACCCUUUUUUGUGGGAUUCCCGAGGGGCAAACCCCAGUUUCUAUGUUAUAUCAAUUUUCUUUAUCAUCUUCAAAGUGUUGUGUGUGUUUAUAGGUCUUGUUUCCAUGAUUAAUGCUCUAUUUGAUGUUUGAUACAUUCCUCAAACUCUUUAUCUCAAAAAAUUAUUGGUGCUAAACAAUUAGACUGAUAAGUUAAGAAGACACAACCUGGCAAGACUGAGACCUAUAAUGACAUAGGCUAAACAUGUCGAAAGUGUUGAGCGCGCUCGGGGGCGCGUUGCCCGACGAACGACCCCUACUCUCUCUUCAAAUCGUGGAGACUGUAGCCAAGUGCCCCACAGGGUACUGGCCUGUCAGCAGAACUUAUGAUGAAGACGCCGACGCUGGGUUACUGCGGCAGAAUGGCCUGUUCGGGAAGAAACCAAGCCAUUAUAUUUGUUUGUCCAAGUCGGAGGGAGUUCCCGGCUACGUCAUGGACGGUGUGGUCAUAGUGGGGGAGAGAGAAGCAGCCCCGGCCGGGUACAGCGUGGCAGGGCGGGCCGGCAAGCGGCGACUUUGCACGCGGGUGUCCCGCCCGGCGGCGGCGCGGGCGCACCCCCCGGUUACUGACGUCAUCGUGUGCUCUAAGAUGAGGCAGGCACCGCAGGGAUUCAUUUUAGCUGGUGAAAUAAACGGCAAGAUGGUGUGCUACAAAGUGAGCGGCGGCAGCCCGGAGACUUCGCCCACACACAACGAGUACGAAAACGUGCUUACUAACAUCACGCCUGAAGCCAAUAGGAGGUUACGAGUACCAGAGCGACCCCCUAAAUUGUCCCCACUAGUUUCGGAGCUAAACAAUCUGAAUCUCAAACAGUCUCCAACGACUUACCCGAACAUUGAAGAGUUCACGUCAGACCAUGACUACGAGGCUUUAAGCCCUUCGUAUAAUAUCAAGCCAAGCCGGCCGGCACCGCGGCCCCCGUCGGCGAAGUCCCCCGUCCCGCACGGCAGCCCUGCGGGUCCCACGGGCCCCACGUCGCCCAUAUCUCACGGCCGCAAGAAGGGCCCCGCGCCUCUGCCGAGGAACACGAUUUAUCAGACCUUAGGAGGGUACAACGGGAUGGAAGGAGUACCAUUCUUACUCAACCCCAAGCUGAGGGGGCUGCCUAGUGAUAGUUUGACACAAUUGCCAGUGAUAAAGCGUCGUUCUCGCUUCGACUUAGACCGUGAUUACACAUACACCUUCGGCGUGGAAAGACAAACGUGAGACGAAGCAAUACCAACCUUACUGCCAUAUACAUAAGGUAUAUUAUAAUAUACGUAGAGACCAAUACACAUGACUUCGAUACCAAUCGAUUCUAAACACGCAAAAAAAAUGAUUUUGAGUUUUCUAGAGAAAAUGCUCAAUCACUUGGUAGAAAUUACCCCUAAAUAGACUAAUAGUGUGGCCACUCCACGUAGAAUUUUCGAUUGCAGUAGAAAUAGUAACUGCGUGGGAAAACAAAAUGGGAGAUUAUUAUCGUAAGCCUUAAAUGUAUUUCUGAGAACACCAAUCAUCAUGAUAUUGUAGGUGCGUUGUAUUUCAUUAAUCCGGGAUUGCGUAUGAAUGUAUUUUAGAAGUAUUUCAGGGUGAAAAGUAUGGAACUUUACAAAGGUUAUCCAUCACAUUCCACAUUUAAAAGUACCUGUGGGAAUAUAUCAAAAAUAUACGUUGGCAACAAUUUAAUUUAGGUAUCAGCUAAAAUGUUGCCAGACCACAAAAAUAAAGCUUCCAUGGUAGUUUCCAUUAUGUUAACUCAAUGAUACUAAAUUAUAAUUAAAUUGGCUGUGUUGUAAACGUGACGUAUUCAACUCAGUCGGCUCAAAUGUACGAUUGUGUUAUGAUUACUUACGCACUUUAGCAAUUCGAUUACAUAUCUUCUUUUUUAACAUUGUAAAUGUUACGGUAUAGCUAUGAAAUAAGAGACAAUUGGAGUUAUAGCUGCAUGAAUAAAAUGAUUUUUUAUUGAAUAAAAAAAUAAGUAGAUUUACCCGACUAAGGAGAAGUGUUAUGUUUUUGCUAAUACAGGAAGAGUGUCUACUAGAAAAUGUGACUUUGACAUAAAAAGCAGUUUUCGACAAAACUGUUUUUGCAAAGCAAUAAGCAGAAACGUUGCAAAGUAAGAAUAUUCCAUUGUCUCUCAUUUCCUAGCUGGUAGUGACCCUGAGGCCUUGAUCGCGUGUCGGCGCGUAGUUAUAGAUCACGCACGGAAUAUAUCUGUAUUUCAUUGAAGAAGCCACAUUACAUCCUAUGUAUCUUAGCGAGUCUAAAGCUCAUAAUCAAAGAGCUGUUUUCAUUCAUGUCAGAGUAUUAUCGACUUUAUUUAAAUUGAAAUAAAGUCUAAAUUAAAUUAAUACAAUUUAAGCACGUAGUUGCUUGGAUGCUCUUCAUGUCACAGUUUUGUUAAUUAAUUUUAGACUCUAUUUCAAUGAAAAUAAAGUCGAAAAUGGUUUGACAGUGUGAACGGAAUACGGUACCUGUAUGAUUUCUGGCUCAAUUUACAGUUAUAUUGAAAGGUGUACAGAUAUAGCUACUGGUGUAAGAUGUGUUAAAACUCAUUGGAAGAAUAAUUGGGUGUUAUAAGUGGAAAUGUAGAUGUAAAGUUGGUCGAAAGGGAAUUAUGAUGACAAUGAUUUUUUACCAACUUUCCGAAAAGAUUCGACCGUGUAUAUACUUUUUUAUAGGUAUGGUUUUAUAAGUCGACAAUGUAUUUCUUUCUUAUGAUAUUUUAUGGGUACAAAAAUUAUUUUAGAAAAAUACAAAUGUGGAAACAUCUUCCCAGCUAUUUUGGGAUUUUAAUGAUUACGUAUGAAGAGAAGGUGAAUACUUCUGAGAUUAUCAUUUUAAGUUGGUAUUACUUUUUUAUAACUGCAAUAUGAGCUUUUCCGAUUACGAAACUAAAAUAUGAUUAUAUUUUUCUUCCUUGAUGUGUUAAACUUUCACCUGUAAGGACAACAUGACUAGUAUACUUAGUGUUAACAGUGAUAAUGAAUUGUAAUGUAACAACUAUGUGCCAACGCCAGUACAAAGUGUGGCCUGGCACUCGGCGCCAGCCAGCCAAUACGACUAGUCAAAGUGAACGAAUUUUGAUUAUUUGCACCAUUACGACUGACAUGAUAUUAAUGAUUAUCAUGAUUAUAGAAGUUUUGUAUUAAGAUUUGUGGCUGUAUUAUGAAGAAUUAGAUAAGAUAUAAAUGAUUGUUUCGUUGUACAAAAUGGAGUUACUCUUAAGGGUGACUUUACACCAAUUUACUAUAACCCGCCGUGAAAUAGCCACCCAUUGGUCAAAUCGGCAAUUCGACAACUGAAAAUGAUUCGGUUAUCGUUAGGUACAUGGUGCAACUCACCGUUACUAUAAUUCGGGGAUCCUUUCGUAAUUUUUGACCGACUUCAAAAAAGGGAGGAGGGUCUCAAUUCGAAUACUUCUAAAGGGAUUAAGACCUUAAUGAUGUUCUUCGAUUAAUAGUGACUUUUUCACGUCACUUCUUAAUACAAUUACUGAAGUCCAAUAUUUAGACAAUUUCAUGAAUUGUCAUGUUAUAUUGAUAUUGUCAAUAAACCGGUGUUUUCAUGUAAACAAUAUGGAAGUUAUGAUGGAUUUAUUAAUGUCUGUUAGGUUACGUUAGUUUACUUAUACAAGAAUGUAUUGUUUUGAUGUAUUGCAUGUGUUUAGUUAAUACCGAUUGUUGAUACAGGUAAAUAACAAUAUUAUUAUACACACAUACUUACAUGUGAAUUAGUUAUGUUAAUUUCCUAUUUAUGUGAACAUUAUUUUUCUUCUUGUCAUUCACUCGUGAUUGAUAUUUUCCAUCAAGAAUGUAAAAAAUGUAUAACGUUUAAAUCUUAGGCUUUAAGGGGUGAAAACUUUGAUUAAGAUCCAUCGCUCACAGAACAAUAUUGGUUUAUUACUUCCGCUGAUUUAGGUAGACUCAAAACAACAUAAGGGUGCUUUUGAUUUGAUUUAGGCGAGAAGUUGUUCCUUUGAAGGAAUACGAUUUGUUAAGAGUCCUGCUAUUUCUUUGCUUAUGGUAUGCUCCCGAUAAAGCACUGAGUGAGCUUAAAAUAUUAAAUAAAGUGUACGAUGGAGCUCAACAGUCCAGUUUGCACUAUCGUUUGUCAAUUCGUUGUACAUAUCUUAGCGUAUUGUGUUCACACGACUGUUAUUUAUUAACUCGAUAACUAGCUUUAUUUGCUUCUUAUUAUAUAUAUUCAUUCAACUGACGUUUUAACUAGAAUGUAAAGAGAUCCUGUAAUGCAAAUUCACCUGUUUCUAGUUGUACUUGUUAUAGGACAUGACAUAAUAGUAUUGUUUUUGUCUCAAAUCCUAUUUGUUUUACUCAAAUAUUUAUUAGUGAUAUUGUAAAUAAUUUAUGUAUAAUGCAAUUAGAGAAUUAGUACGCUUUUUUACACAUUAGAAAUGUAUUUCAUCUGAUAAUUUGUUUAGAAUGACUAUGAAGGAAUAAAAUUUAAAUUAUUGACUGAUUA